UCGCAGCUGUAAUAUCACCAUAGCUGUUUGUGAUGCAGCAGUGCAGCAUAGUUUAUGUGAAGAACUCUAGAUUAUAUACAGUAAUAGGUGAUGCCGUAUAUGGACCAGUUUUCCAUGUAUCUCUGUCAAAAAAAGAGUUUGUGUAAAGAAUGCUGUGUGGAAACGUGUUUGCAUAAUGUAUUGUAUUGCCUGUUUUAUAUGUGUUCCUAAUUGUUUGCAGCAGGACAGUGAGAUCAGGUUAAAACUUAAGUUUAGACAUGGCACGUCCAUUACUUUAUACAAACUUAGUGGAAUUUUAAAAUAAACAACAUUUUUAGAGGCAAAUUACAGGAAAAGGGGACAAAAUAAAAAAAUGAAAGUAUAUUACUGUUAUGUGUUAUUUUCAGGGGGGAGUGUCAGUCAGCACUUGGCAGUAUCCUACACCUUUACCUGGAACUGAAUGGCUAACUUGGUGAUGAGAUAUCCAGAGAACAGGAAUCAGACCACGCAGCAAAUGCACAUGCAGUUUAAACUACAUAGGACGCACGACUAUGACUCUUGGCAUCAGGAUAGGAGAAUAUGGCCAUUAUAUCACAAGGAGGGGCAGACUCUUUACUAAAGAAUACGAUUAUGGAGCCGAGUUUCCAUUCUCUCUCUCCUUCCCACGGAGUCGUCUUUGGUCUUGUUUGAAGAGCCUAAGAAUGCAUUUGAUGCUUUAUGUCACUGUGUCCUCUUUUACACAAACCUGGUCAUCAUCAGUAACAUCUGCCCCUCUUGUGAGCUCUGGACUGGUCUUUUCUUGGAUAGACCCAAGAAGCAUUGGGAAUGGGCCAAUGGGAGCCCCUUAAACUAUAAACCAUGGGGCAAAAUGAAUUAUGACCACCGGUGUGUUCUUCUGUCGGGAGAAUUAUUCUACUCUACAGAUUGCACUGAGAAGAAACCCUAUGUGUGUUACAAUGGUGAGGUACAGAGGAACGGGUGGCAUUUGGGCGGUUGAGUGCAUGAGAAAAAGGUAGAAUGGAAGAGUGGAUUAAAAAGGAAGAUAAGUUUUUUUUCUUGUAUAUUCUUCUAGGAACCUCAGAUCACCAUUCAAGACAACUACCGUUUUUUGUAACAUGCAGGUUAACAAAGGGGAAAGAUGACACAGAGAAAUCCACAACAGCUAUAAAUAUUCCCUUUAAAACCAAGAAGCCUACAGCUAACGCACCGAGCAGCGCAUCUCAUCCAGCCGCCAGCUCCCACAGACCUCAAGAUAUAAAAACUACGUUUAACCCUCAAGUGCCCACAUUUGUCCUGUUGCAUACUGAACCCUAUCACACUGCCAGCACUGAGCAGCGCACAUUCCCUUUAGAGACGUCAGGGUCACCUCAAGGAAAAGCAAUUGUGGAUUUCCCCGACCAGGCCACAGUCUCUGCCCCCUCCCUCUGCUUUCAGAUGUCUAUAAGACUGACUAUUCACAGACAUGACACAGAGCUGAUUUAUACUCUAAACCUGCAAAUCGCUGCUCUGAUCUCGGAGGCACCAUGCCAGCGACAUUACCCAGAAAUCUCCAGGGCUUCACAGAGUUAUCUAAAAGAUUAUUUGUGGGUUACCUGGUAACACAGCUCUACCUCAGCUGCCAGGUCACAUCAUCCCCAACUCAGAGAGAAGCAAAGACUGCCCAGAAAGUUCCAGAUAGACAAGGUGACCAUCUUAAAAACACGAAAGAUAACAAGAAACCUGCAGCUCAUUUUGAAGCUGACCCAUUCAGCCAGCACAGACUAAUCUGGAGGAGUGAUACUGACAACUCCUUCACACGAGGAGGGCUGUUACUUAGCAACAACACUCUUCGGAUUGUCAACGAUGGUCUUUAUUUUGUGUACACCCAGGCCACAUUUGAAGGUCGAGGCUGUCCACAUGGAAUUUCCAUUUCUCUCUCUCAUGGUGUUGCUUUACUGUCUGGGCAGUACCCAGAGGAGACGCCACUUCUAAGUGCUCAAAAAACCGCUUGCGGAGAUCUUGCCAGGGGCAAGACAAUGUCACCAUCAGUUUUGUCAAGCCUUGGCAUAGUUGGACCUGUCUGGAGCAGAGCCAUUUUCCAAGGUGGGGUAUUUUCCCUGGAGGAGGGCGACCUACUUUACACUGUAACAGAAGGAACGGACUAUGUAAGACUUGGGCCUGGAGAGGCCUACUUUGGCGUAUAUGCGCUGUAAAGAGAAGUUAUAGAUUUACAGUUAAAGGAACAUGAAACACAACCUUUUUAUUUCAUGAAUCAGAUAAAGUAUAGCAUUUUAAACUUUCCAAUUACUUCUACUAUCUAAUGUGCCUCAUUCCCUUGGCAUCCUUUAUUAAAAAACAUAAAAAGGUUGGCUAAGGAUCUGCAAUGCACUAUUGAGAGCUAACUGCUUAUUGGCGGCUGAACAUAUAUGCCUUUUCAUUGGCUCAUUCUAUAUAUUCAGCUAGUUCCUAGUAGUACAUUGCUGCUCUUUCAAUAAAGGAUACCAAGAGAAUGAAGUACAUUUGAUAAAAGAAGUAAAUCAGAAAGUUGUUUAAAAUUGAAUGUUCUAUAUGAAUCUUGAAAGAAAAUGUUUGGUUUCACAUCCUUUUAACCACCUGCUUUCUAUGACAAAUAUAUUUAUUCCCAACAAGUCUUGACAAAGACAUCAUUUAUGGACAAAGUUUUUGGGAGUAAAUAUUUUUUUUGUACAUUCUUAGUUUAGACACCAUUACAUUUAUAUGCUUUGUAAUUAUUGCAAAAUAUCAAAUAUUUAAUAUUUAACUAAUUAUUAAAUUAUUGAAUGUUUAAUUAUUACAUUAGAAGACACAACCUGCUAAAUUCACUCUAAUCACCCCUACUUCAGCAGUUUUGUAGUUAUUCUGUGCAGCUUAUUUACUAAGGUUCACACAUCCCUCAAACCUUAGUAAAUCAGCUAAGUAUAACAAUAUAGGAAAUGGUAAAGAAAGGUGCAAGACCGGUGAAGAGGGAGAUGCUGGAUACAUUUCUUAGUGAAUUUUGCCCAGUUAAACUUUGUACUAUACAAUUAUUUAUUCCUUACAAGUGUGGGUUAUAUAUCCUAAUUGUGUACCUCAAAAUGUGUACUCCUAAACUUUUAAAAAUCCAGCUUCCUAAUAAGUUUGCAUAUUAGCACAUAUUUGUAUGGAAUAAAACCAAAUUAUAACAUUCCCAAAUAUAUUGUUUCAGUCAUUAACCCCAUGAUAUUUAAUGGUUUUGAGAGUGUAUUUAUUCAUCCUUAAAAAAUGCAAGAGUUGAUUUUUAAAGUUCUUAUCACUUGGUCCUUUUGCUGCUUUAUUUACCAUAUUUUGGCAUAUAAGAUGCAUAUAUAUAUUUUUUUUUUUAUAGAAUAAAACUUGGGAGUUCUAAUUUACCAUACAGUUUUUAUAAGCUAAGUUAAAUACUUAUUUCAACAUCAAAAUAUGAAUAUGUAUUUGUAUACUGUAUAUAUGGUGCUAAUAUAUACUGAUUUGGGAAAAAGCAAGAUUCUUACAUGAAAGCAAAAUGUGUUUAAUGUUUCGUAAAGGAUAUGCAUUGUUUACCAUUAAUUACAGUAGAAUUGCAUAAUCAACAAAUGCAUAAUAAAAAUACAAUGCAAUAGCACAGCUGGUGUUUCACAAAGUGUGUACAGUAUAUAAAUAGAAGGUUAAUUUUCUUGUUGAAAAAGAAUAUGUAUAUAUUUUACACUCUCUGGGUGCUAGCUGGUGAUUUGGUGGCUACACAUAUUUGUCUCUUGUAAUUGGCUCACCAGAUUUGUUCAGCUAGCUCCCAGUAGCAGAGCAGAGUUUAACUAUGUGUUUAAUUCAUUUGCAGGGGUUUAAACACACAGUUAUAUAGAAGCAAUGAUAACAUAAUAUAAUGCUCUAACAUAUUACAGCAGUUGUGUUUUGUGCCUUUAUAUAUCUCUUUUUAUGUAAAAAUUGUGCUUUGUCUCACGCUCCCUAGAGAAGCCAUAAACCAGCAUCUGUUCUCAAAUUGCUGCAAAUUGCUUAACCAGGUACUUGAUUUGCACUGUAGCAUUAGUAAGUUACAGAAUUUCUAGGGAACGUGGUAAAAAGCACAAUUUUACACAAAAGCAAGAGGCGUUCAAUGUCAUUUUAAAGUUGUCAAUAUAUUUUUUAAGCUUUAUUGACAAAAAUAUUUAAAACAAGUUUCUAAAAUCAUGUUUUAUUUUUAUAGUGUUCAUAUCUGUUG